AUGGAGUCAUCAAAGGGCUCAAAAAAGCGAAAGGCAAUAACGAAAGAUGUGGACGAGGAUAUUGGCAUUACGUCCGGGGACGAGCAUACCUUUGAGGGUCUGGAUGGCUCCGAUAGCUCCGACGAUGUGACCGACUCUGAAAUCGAAUUGAUCGGAGACUUCAGCAGUGAUGAGGAGGACGAGGACGAACUCGAUAGUGACGAGGUGCCUUCCGAUACAGAAUUUUCACUCCUUUCAAAAAAUGGGGGAACUUUCACUACACCUUCUAAGGAUGACGCUGGGGGUUUUACUGAUGCCAGCGAAGAGCCGAACUAUAAGAUAGAAACGGACGCUAAUGGCAAUGUUCGCUAUAUAUACCCUGAGAUCAAUCCUGACGAUAAUUCCGAAUAUUCAGAAAUCGAUGAAGAUGCAAAUACAAUUGGAGAUAUACCAUUGACAUUUUACGACCAAUACCCUCAUAUAGGUUACAACAUCAAUGGAAAGAAGAUUCUGCGGCCUGCCAAAGGGAAAGCCCUAGAUACAUUGCUCGAUAGCAUUGAUAUUCCCAAGGGUUGGACCGGUUUAACUGAUCCUUCAACAGGGAAGCCAUUGGAACUAAGUCGGGAAGAGUUAGAACUUUUGCGUAAAGUCCAGAUGAAUGAGAUCCCACAAGAUGGAUACGACCAAUACCAACCAACUAUCGAGUACUUUACUAGCAAGCUAGAAGUAAUGCCCCUAAGUGCUGCCCCGGAACCGAAGCGAAGAUUUGUACCGUCGAAACACGAGGCCAAACGCGUCAUGAAACUCGUCAAGGCAAUCCGCGAAGGUAGAAUUUUGCCGUACAAGCCACCAGAAGACGAAGAUGAAAAACCUGAAGGUAUCCAGACCUAUGAUCUAUGGGCGGACGAGACUCCUCGACCCGAUCACCCCAUGAAUAUACCGGCUCCAAAACUGCCUCCACCCGGCUACGAGGAGAGUUAUCACCCACCGCCAGAAUAUCUACCGGAUAAAAAAGAGCGGGAAGAGUGGGAAAACCAAGAUGAGGAAGAUCGUGAAAAAGAAUAUCUAGCAUCAGAUUACUCUUCAUUAAGAAAAGUUCCAGGAUACGAGAGAUUCGUGAAGGAGAAAUUUGAACGCUGCCUUGAUCUCUAUUUAGCGCCAAGAGUACGAAGAAGCAAAUUGAAUAUCGACCCAGAAUCCCUUUUGCCCAAAUUACCCAACCCGGAAGAACUUAAGCCAUUCCCAACAACUUGUGCAACGUUGUUUCGGGGUCAUCAUGGACGUGUUCGCAGUUUAGCAAUUGACCCAAGCGGAGUCUGGCUAGCAAGUGGCGGCGAUGACGGCACCGUUCGUGUCUGGGAGCUUCUCACUGGUCGCCAGUUAUGGAGCGUGAAGUUCAGCGACGAGGAAGCCGUUAAUAUCGUGCGCUGGAGACCGGGAAAAGAUGCUGUCAUGUUAGCUGUCUCUGUUGGCAAUUUUAUAUACCUCGCCAUUCCAGAUAUUCUAAAUCCAGAGCUUGAAUCUUCAAGCAAUGAGCUUUUAGAUGCUGGCUGGGGCUACGCCGCAUCAUCAUCCACCAGCCCCGCAAAGAAGACCACCUCUCUCCAAUGGACUCGCGCCCCAUCAUCCCUUGCCGACUCUGGAGUCUUUGCCGUGAUUCCGUUGGGCUACGCUGCCAAGUCUUUAUCCUGGCACAGGCGCGGGGAUUACUUUGUAUCCGUUUGCCCCAAUACAUCCACGCCUGCCUCGGUAGCUAUAGCUAUUCACACUCUCUCCAAACAUCUUACACAAUAUCCCUUCCGUCGGCGCUUGAAAGGCGGUGGCCCACCUCAAGUCGCACACUUUCACCCAUCGAAACCUAUUCUCUUCGCUGCCAAUCAACGGUCGAUACGAGCAUACGACCUCUCUCGCCAGACACUUGUAAAGAUCCUUCGUCCUGGUGCGCGAUGGAUCUCCUGCUUCGAUAUUCAUCCGACAUCUUCAUCUACUUCUGGUGGGGAUAAUCUUAUCGUCGGUUCUUAUGACAGGCGCCUUCUUUGGCAUGAUGUGGAUCUUUCUGACCGCCCCUAUAAAACUCUUCGAUAUCAUCAAAAGGCUAUUCGAGCUGUUAAAUACCAUCCUCGUUAUCCUCUCUUUGCCGAUUCGAGUGACGAUGGCUCCUUACAGAUAUUUCAUGGCAGUGUUACAGGCGACUUAUUGAGCAAUGCGAGCAUCGUUCCACUAAAGGUACUCAAAGGCCAUAAAGUUACAGGGGAUCUGGGUGUGCUGGAUUUAGACUGGCAUCCAAGGGAAGCGUGGUGUGUUAGUGCUGGAGCUGAUGGGACGUGUCGAUUAUGGAUGUAA